CCUCCGAUUCGCAGGCAGAAGAUCGUCGCCGCCCUCGCGCUCUCCGGCGCCGCGGCGUACGUCGCGCCCGUCGCGCCGAAGGCGACGACGGCGCUCAACUCCAAGGCGGAGCUCGAGGCGCUCGCCAUGUCGAACACGGACGCGCUCGGCCAGUCCAUGGGCUUCUGGGACCCGCUCGGCCUCGCCGACGGCGACUUCUGGGGCCUCGGCAACGAGGGCACGAUCGGCUACCUCCGCCACGCGGAGAUCAAGCACGGCCGCGUCGCCAUGGCCGGCUUCCUCGGCUUCAUCGCCCAGUGCACGCCCCUCGUGAACGGCGAGCACGCGGCCGCGCCCUACCGGGGCUACGUCGCGGGCGUCACGCCCCAGGAGCAGUGGGACAACAUCCCCCAGGCGGGCAAGCUGCAGAUCAUCGCCUUCGUCGGCAUGCUCGAGUCCUACGGCGAGGGCGCGGGCAACCCGGACGGCUACACGCACUACACCAAGGGCGGCCUCCCGGGCUUCUACCCGUCCAUCAAGGGCAAGGGCGCCGGCCAGAUCACCUUCGACCUCUACAAGCCGUUCCCGAUCUUCCCGGAGCAGUCCGAGGCCCAGAAGGAGCGCGGGCGCCGCGUCGAGGUCAACAACGGCCGCGCGGCCAUGCUCGGCCUCAUGUCGCUCCUCUCGGCGUCCGCGGUCCCCGGCUCCGUGCCGGCGCUGUCGGGCAUCGAGGGCUUCCCGCAGUACUCGGGCAACGUGAUGAUCCCGUUCGAGGGCGACUUCACGCUCUUCUAA